UAAGUUUAAUAAUAUAACUAAGAUUACGAAAUCUUCAGUUUUACUCAAAUUAGUUGAUGCAAAAAUGAAUACACCCACAACAAAAACUACUGCAUCUAGUAUUUUGUAUGACCUCCUUGAUUUGUAAGGAAAGCAUCAAAUCUUCUAGGCAUGGAAUGAACAAGUUGGUAAAUAUUGCAACAUCUAUCUUUUUCCAUUGUUUAAAAACAACCUCUUUUAGAGCCUGAAUGCUGGAUGGAGAGUGAUGCUCAACACUUGGCCACUGAUUCAC